AUGCAGACCAAGGAGAAGGAGUUCGACGAGAAGAUCCACCAGAUUCAUCACACGUUUCAGAACGCAGGGGAGCAGCUCGUUGUGCGGGACAACAUCAUCGCCCAUCUGAAGGAGGAGCUGGCAGGUCUUCGUGCGGAGGUCGCGCGGAUACCGAGAGAGUACCAGGAGCGAGAGGAGAAGUUACUGCUCCGUGUAGAGGCCAUGAUGACGGAGCUGUCGGAGGAGCAGAAACGUGCCCAUCACUCCCGCCGCGCCGCCGAGGAGGAGGUGCGCGCUGUCCGCGAUUCCUUGCAGGCGGCGGAGCAGCAGCUGGCGCAGCAGCAGCACAUGUCAGACGAUCUACUGCGACAACUUCGUGCGAGCGACAAGGCACUUCAAGAAGAAAAGCAGCGGCACGCCACGGCGCUUGCGGAGAGUCGGUGCGCCUACGAGGCCAAACUCAACGAGCUCCAACGCACCCUCCGCUCCAUGGAGAAGCAGGUGGCCAAGUCGCAGUCUCGUCUGGAGGAUAUGGAGAAGGACCGCUGCCAGCAGCAGGCAAAGCUUCUAGAGCUGCAGCUGAGCGGCCGGCGGCGAAUCGCCUCCGAGACGGGCAAGGCCAAGGAGCUUCUUGCCGAAAGCGACGCCCUGCGCGACGAGGUGGAAGCCGUGCGCUUCAGCAUGGCGCGUCUGCUGAGACUGAUGAGCGAGGUGCCUACCCUGUCGGACUACCUACAAUGGAAUGAACUGAGCAGCGAGUUUGUCUUCCUCGGUUACCCUACUCGAUAUUUCGACACGAGUUACCGCGGACGAGGAACGUCCUCGCUGUCGCCGAGUCGACGCACGGGCAGUCAUGGAGCCUCUCCAGCGCGGCGUCGUGCUGCGGCUGUAGCCGCGGGGGAAGACAUCAGCUUCGACAAGCCCGGUCCGUCGAGCCACUCUUCUGGCUACUAUCAGGACACAAACGUCUCCGGCAUCUCUGCGGGCGACACGGGCGUCGAGGAUGGCGUCUACGCCGGCGUCGCGGCUUCGCUUUCCAAGAAUGUCUGGCUGAACGGCCGGUGGGCUCAGGAAAUGAUCUCCAUCAUCUCGGCAGAGAACGACUUCACUCGUCUGAAGCGAAUAAAGCUGCUGGAGCUGGAGGAGGCGGCGCAGCUAAGCGAGCAGUUGCCAUCUGCACGCGACGUCCUUGAGUGCCGUAAGCCGGAGCAUCACUACUGGAUCCCGUACGCCGUCUUCAUUGAGGCGCAGAAAUUCAAAAACAAGUACUACCCAAAACUGCCCGCCAUGUCGCACUUUUCGCCAUUUCUCAUUCAACUCAACAAGAUUUGGCGCGCGAAGUUGCAGGACCGGCUGCGCAUCAUGCAGCAACAGAAUUACAAUCAACCGCAGCAGCUCUCUCAAGCGCGGCGCAGCGCUACUGGUGAGAGUCGGUUCGCCAGUCGCGCGCGAACCCGUGAAGGCGAUGUAGCCGACCAGCGAAACAGCGCCGUAAGCCGGCUGACAAGUCGCGGCAGCGUCGCACCUUUGCCGAAGCCGGGCGAGCUGUUUUCGGAGUGGGCGCGCCAAGAAGCCCGCAUGGACGAAAUUCACGCUGAGCACCAUCGCCUGCGCCGCGAGGUGCGCCUCCAUGUCAGCAGUCAAAAAGGUCUGCAGCUCUUUCGACUGUACGACGAGCUUGUGCGUGAUGCCCAUCAGACCCUCGGCGAAGUCCUUCGGCUGGCAGAGGACCUCUACGACAGUGCGACGGCUCAGCGCGUGUCGGAGUCGGAGGACCGAAAGCGCGCAGCAUCCAGCGCGCUUCAUGAGACUAAGCAGCAGGCGCAAGCAAGUGCGGAGAUGGCUGAUCUUGCUGAGGCGCGUGACCGGCUGCUGUGCGUCGUGGAUCACACGUGUCAGCAGGUGUGUGAUGUCGGAGACUCCUUGUCCACCCGAAUGAUGUCCUACUAUAGUGACCUGCAUCAACUCAUUCACAUGCUACACCACCACAUUCGCCAGGCUCGUGAGCGCAGCUGUCACAAGACGCGUGAGCAAGCUAGCAGCGACGGUACGAGAAGCGCCAGCAGCGCUAGCAGCUCCACCGCCCCGUGCUCUGGAAGGGUCUCGAACACUGUGUUGUCCACCGAAGAGCUUCAACAGCGACUUCGCGAGCUUCUCCACGACCAGUACGGAACGGCCCGCGGCCCUGGCGCCGAUACGGAUCAUGCUGCAGCACCCGGGGCAAUCAGCAGCGACGUGCUGUUGAAGCUGGCCGCCAGCAUGCUGGACUUCGGCGAAGAGGUCCGCCGCGAAGUGACUCACGCCACCGCGGCCCUUCGCGUAGUUGCCGAGCAGGGCAUGAGGGAAGCAGCUCAGUGCCAAGGCGCGUGA